AUGCAUCUGGUCCGAGUUCUGGCGACAGCAGCUGCCCUGGCUACAGCCUACGCCACAACACUGGAAGACGUGUGCACGGUUUCAUUUGCCCAACGUUCCUUACCGCCAGACAGCGUUUACCCUGGCAUCUCAAUUGACACGUCCUCGGUGACCGCUGUUGCUGCCUACAAUGUGUCCAGUACCAAUCAAGUCUACUUCCCAGACGCCACAUUCGACUACUGCAAUAUGCCCGCUCCGACUAAAUUCGCUAACCGCUAUCUGUCCACGGGUGGCAGCGGCUAUGACAUUACGGUUGGAAGCGCUUCUCUUCCUGGAGGAGUCAUGUACGGUGCGGUGGCGGGUACAACUGAUGGAGGAUUCGGCGGAUUUGAGAAUGGCUCUGAUGACGUUUGGCUCCUCGCCAAUGGGACGCUGAAUUACGACACUAUGUUCAUGUUCGGUUACCAGGCUAUCCAUGAGCUCACUGUCCUUGGAAAGGAGCUGACCAAGCGGUUCUACAACACCUCCUCCAUCUACUCUUACUACCAAGGUUGCUCCGAGGGCGGCCGGGACGGAUGGAGUCAGAUUCAGCGAUUCGCUGAGGACUUUGAUGGCGCAGUGACUGGCGCUCCGGGCUUCCGAUUCACCUUCCAACAAAUGCAGCACCUGCGGUCUCCCGUCGUUGAACAAACAUUGAACUACUACCCACCCCCAUGCGAGCUGGAGAAGAUCGUCAACGAGACAAUCAAAGCAUGUGACGCACUGGACGGCAAGCAGGAUGGGGUGGUCUCGCGAACGGAUCUUUGCAAGCUAUAUUUCGACGCCAACAGCACCAUCGGCCAACAUUAUAGCUGCGGGGCGUCUUCAUUGACAACCUAUAAGCGAUCCGAAACCUAUCAGCUCCCCGCCCAGAACGGCACCGUCUCCGCCAAGGGCGUGGCAGUCGCGAAGGAAAUCCUGCGGAGAAUGCACGAUCUGAGCGGCAACCAGGUAUACGUGCCCUAUCAGCCCAGUGCCGCGUUCUCCGAUGCAGAAACUCACUACGACUACGACACGGACUCCUGGACUCUCGAUAUCACCGAAUCCAAUAGCGAAUGGGUGGAAAAAUACAUCAACGAGCUCAACGGCACCGAAAUGCCGACUCUGCGCAAUGUCACAUAUGAUGACUUGAAAGAGUGGAUCCGUGUUGGCUGGCAAAAGUAUGGGGAUGUUCUUCAGUCCACGUACCCGGAUUUGACGCCCUUUCAUCAAGCCGGUGGUAAGGUGCUUCACUACCACGGAGAAUCUGAUUACACUGUUCCGACUGCAUCGUCCGUGCGUUAUUAUGAGUCGGUCCGUCGUACCAUGUACCCGGACAUGUCUUUGAAUUCGAGCUACGCUGCGCUGGGUGAUUGGUAUCGCUUGUUCCUGGUUCCCGGCGCGGCUCACUGUGGUCCGGAUGCUUCUCAGCCAAACGGACCGUGGCCGCAGAAUACGCUGGAAACGAUGAUUCAAUGGGUUGAAGAGGGCGUUUUUCCUGAGAUGCUGAAUGCAACUGUUCUCCAGGGGGUGCAUGAGGGUGAGGAACAGAAGAUUUGUGCUUGGCCACUUCGACCUCUGUGGACUAAUAAUGGGACUACGAUGGAGUGUGUGACUGACCCUGGGGAUAGGAAGACUUGGCUGUAUGAUUUGAAUGCAUUCAAGAUGCCAGUCUACUAG